AUGGGACAAACUGUCACCACUCCCAAAAGUUUAACUUUACAGCACUUCAAGGAAGUCCAUGACAUCGCCCACAACCUCUCGGUGGAAGUGCGAAAAGGAAAGUGGGACACCUUUUGUUCAUCUGAGUGGCCAACCUUUGAUGUGGGCUGGCCACUAGAUGGCACCUUUAACCUAGGAGUUAUUUUACAGGUGAAAGCUAAAGUCAUGGACCCUGGACCCCAUGGACAUCCUGACCAGGUUCCCUAUAUCAUCACAUGGGAAUCUCUGGUCAGAAAUCCCCCACCAUGGGUAAAGCCUUUCCUUCCCCCUUCCCUGAAACCCACCCCGUCUGCCCCCUCCCUUCCUCCUCCGCUGGUUCCAACCCCGACUAACUCUACUCUUUACCCGGUCCUCACGAAACCGGCUCCAGAAGAGACCUCUGGGCAUAAGAAAACACCCCCAGUACUGCCAGCAGACGAUGGCCCCCUUUUGGAUCUUUUGACUGAACAGCCCCCUCCUUACAGAAACCCAGACCCUGUUGGGGAACCAGAGGGAGCGGCCACCAGACGGGAACCCCAGGGAGAAUCCACCUCGUCCCCGGUGGCAGGAAGAUUGAGGGGGCGUUGGGAAGUCCCUCCCGAUCCCUCCUCCCAGGCCCUUCCAUUGCGAACGGGGCCUGACCACCAACUCCAGUACUGGCCCUUCUCCGCGUCUGACUUAUACAAUUGGAAAAAUAAUAACCCUCCUUUCUCUAAAGACCAUUCUAGGCUCACAGCACUGAUCGAGUCUAUUCUAGUGACCCAUCAGCCUACUUGGGACAAUUGCCAGCAGUUGCUCCAAACCCUGUUAACCACCGAAGAAAAGCAGCGGGUCAUCCUGGAAGCCUGCAAAAAUGUCCCAGGGGAUGACAGGCAGCCCACACAAUUACCGCAACAGAUUGAUACUGCCUUCCCCCUGGAGCGACCCACCUGGGACUUUACUACUGCACACGGUAGGGAACACCUACGUCUCUAUCGCCAGUUGCUCAUAGCGGGUCUCCGUGGGGCUGCAAGGCGCCCAACUAAUUUGGCUCAGGUUAAGUUAGUGACCCAGAAACCUGAGGUAUCCCCCUCUGCUUUCCUAGAAUGACUUAAGGAGGCAUACCGUAUAUACACUCCCUAUAAUCCAGAAGACCCAGGUCAAGCAACCAAUGUAGCCAUGUCUUUCAUCUGGCAGUCUGCCCCGGAUAUUAGAAAGAAGUUAGAAAGGCUUGAAAACUUAAGAGAGAGUACAGUACAGGAUUUAUUAAAGGAGGCAGAGUGGAUUUUUAAUAAGAGAGAAACACAGGAAGAAAGAGAUGAAAGGUUAAGGAAAGAAGCAGAGGAAAGAGAGAAAGUGAGAGAACGUAAGAGAAAUAGGGAAUUUAGCAAGUUACUGGCCACAGUAGUGACAGGACAGAGACAGAGUAGGAAGGGCCUGGGAGACCGCUAGGGUCCACGAGUAGACAAAGACCAAUGCACCUACUGCAAGGAGAAAGGGCAUUGGGUCCAAGACUGCCCAAAGAGACCAAAAGGGCCACGGAAGCCUAAGCCCCAGGCCACCCUGUUAAACCUGGAGGAUUAGGGGAGUCAGGGUCAGGAGCCCCCCCCUGAACCCAGGAUAACUCUUAAUGUGGGGGGGCAACCCGUUACCUUCCUGGUGGACACCGGAGCCCAGCAUUCGCAUUCAGUACUCACCACCUCACCGGGACCCUUGACUGACAAAUCGGCGUGGGUUCAAGGAGCCACAGGAGGAAAAAGGUACCGAUGGACCACUGAAAGAAGAUUUCAACUCGCCACCGGUAAGGUGACUCACUCCUUUUUGCAUGUUCCUGAUUGCCCUUAUCCAUUGUUGGGGAGAGAUCUAUUAAUGAAACUCAGGGCACAAAUCCACUUUGAAGGGACUAAGGCCCAUGUUACUGGGCCUCAGGGGCAGACUUUGCAUGUGUUAACCAUAAACCUGGAAGAUGAAUACCAACUUUACGAGCUUGAAAGGCCUUGGCCACAAGAAAUGACUGUUUGGCUAGAAAAGUUCCCCCUAGCCUGGGCAGAAACAGGAGGAAUGGGUCUCGCAACUCACCAGCCCCCCCUGGUGAUCACUCUAAAAGCAUCAGCAACUCCCAUUUCCAUUAAGCAAUACCCGAUGUCACAUGAAGCUUACCAAGGAAUUAGGCCUCACAUUCGGAGACUUUUAGAUCAGGGCAUUCUGGUACCUUGUCAAUCCUCCUGGAAUACAACUCAACUUCCGGUUAAAAAGCCAGGGACGGGAGACUACCGCCCGGUACAGGACUUGAGAGAAGUCAACAAAAGGGUAGAGGAUAUACAUCCUACAGUUCCCAACCCAUACAAUUUGUUAACUGGGCUUCCUCCAAGGUACACCUGGUAUACGGUAUUAGACCUUAAGGAUGCAUUCUUUUGUCUGAGGCUCCACCCUCAGAGUCAGCCCAUUUUUGCCUUUGAGUGGAAGGAUCCAGAGUUGGGAGCAUCGGGUCAGCUUACUUGGACCAGACUCCCGCAGGGGUUCAAAAACAGCCCCACCUUAUUUGAUGAGGCGUUGCACCGGACCCUGGCCGAUUUUAGGGUUCAUCACCCUGCUUUAAUCAUGCUCCAAUAUGUAGAUGACCUCCUCCUGGCUGAAGAAACUGAGGAAAAAUGUAAGGAGGGAACAGAGGCCCUACUGAAGACUUUAGAAACUCUAGGAUACCGGGCCUCAGCUAAAAAGGCCCAAAUAUGUCAGAGGCAGGUUACAUACCUGGGCUAUCAGAUCAGGGAUGGACAAAGAUGGUUGACAGAAGCACGGAAACAGACAAUUCUAAAAAUUCCGGUGCCCAAAAGCCCGAGGCAAUUAAGAGAAUUUCUGGGUACUGCGGGGUUUUGCCGCCUUUGGAUCCCAGGAUUCGCAGAAAUGGCUGCGCCACUUUACCCACUUACCAAACCAGGGACUCACUUUACUUGGGGGGAUGAGCAGCAGAGAGCCUAUACAACUAUUAAAGAGGCCCUGCUGACCUCCCCCGCACUGGGGCUUCCGGACUUAAACAAGCCCUUUGAGCUAUUUGUGGAUGAAAAACAGGGAUAUGCUAAAGGGGUCCUGACCCAAAAACUGGGACCAUGGAGGCGUCCGAUAGCUUACCUGUCCAAGAAACUUGACCCGGUGGCUUCGGGGUGGCCACCUUGCCUGAGAAUGGUGGCAGCGAUUGCCCUCCUGAUUAAAGACUCUGGCAAGCUGACUAUGGGACAGCCAAUAACGAUUCUGGCUCCUCAUGCGGUGGAAGCCCUGAUUAAACAACCUCCGGGCCGAUGGCUUUCCAACGCCCGCAUGACCCACUAUCAGGCUCUCCUGCUGGACACUGAUCGAGUAUAUUUUGGUCCCAUGGUAGCCCUUAACCCGGCAACACUGCUUCCCCUACCAGAGGGUCCAGAAACUCAUGACUGUCUCCAGAUACUAGAGGUACAUGGCACCCGGCCUGACCUGACCGACCAGCCCCUCCCUGAUGCCGACUUCACCAGCUGCUCCGAUGGGAGCAGCUUUCUUGACAAGGGAGAACGGAGAGCAGGGGCCGCGGUCACCACCGAGACUGAGGUAAUUUGGGCCAAGGCCCUGCCACCUGGCACGUCGGCGCAGCGGGCUGAACUCAUCGCCUUAACUCAGGCCCUCCGGAUGGCAGAAGGUAAAAAGCUCAAUGUUUAUACAGACAGCUGUUAUGCUUUUGCCACCACUCAUAUUCAUGGGGAAAUAUACCGAAGGAGAGGCCUACUCACCUCUGAGGGGAAAGAGAUCAAGAACAAACUGGAGCUAUUAGCUCUCUUAGAGGCUCUGUUCUUGCCUUCAAAAUUAAGUAUCAUCCACUGUCCGGGGCAUCAGAGAAGAGACAGCCCUGAGGCUCGUGGCAACUGCCUGGCGGAUGAGACUGCCCGACAGGUAGCUCAGCAGGAAGGCUCAGUUAUUUCCCAGGCCCUGACUAUGGGAGAAAAGAAUAUAGACCCCUCUACCCGGGGGCCUGUUCUCCGAUACAGCCAGGAAGACCAAAACCUACUAAGAGAAAUGGGGGCCACCUACCAACCUAAAAUUCAAAAAUGGAUAUUCAAGGGAAAACCAGUGUGGCCCCAGCGUAUGACUUAUGACUUGAUUGAUUAUCUCCACAAAUUAACCCAUCUGAGUUACAGAAAAAUGAAAACCCUCCUUGAAAGAGAAGAAAGCACCCACCAUUUGCUGGGGAAAGACAAGAUUCUGCAGCAAGUGGCUGAAAGGUGCACCGUGUGUGCACGGGUAAAUGCUGGACACAGUAAGGUGGGUUUCGGGACCAGGGCCCGAGGACACUGACCUGGAACCCAUUGGGAAGCUGAUUUCACAGAAGUCAAGCCUGGACUAUAUGGAUACCGGUAUUUGCUGGUGUUCGUGGACACUUUCUCUGGAUGGGUAGAGGCCUACCCUACCAAACAUGAGACUGCCAAAGUCGUCAUCAAAAAGCUUUUAGAAGAAAAUUUCCCCAGGUAUGGUAUGCCACAGGCACUGGGCUCCGACAACGGCCCUGCUUUCAUCUCCCAGGUAAGUCAGUCGGUGGCCACAUUGCUGGGGAUUGAUUGGAAAUUACACUGUGCAUACCGCCCCCAGAGCUCAGGACAGGUAGAGCGCAUGAAUAGAACUAUUAAGGAGACUUUAACCAAAUUGACGCUUGCAACUGGCACUAGAGACUGGGUGACCCUCCUUCCCCUAGCGUUGUAUCGGGCUCAAAAUACACCGGGCCCUUAUGGACUCACCCCUUUUGAAAUCCUUUAUGGUGCCCCGCCGCCAGCAGCCCAUUUCUUUGACUCUGACAUAGCCUCUUUUGCUGAUAGACCUUCUCUCCAAGCUCACUUGCAGGCCCUGCAACUCGUGCAACGGGAGGUCUGGAAACGCUGGCGGCUGCGUAUCGAGAACAGCUCAACCAUCCAAGUGCCACAUCCGUUCCAGAUCGGAGACCUCGUUUGGGUUCAUAGACACCAGCAGAAGAACCUAGAGCCACGCUGGAAGGGACCCUACACCGUACUGCUGACAACACCCACAGCCCUAAAGGUAGACGGCAUCGCCACCUGGGUCCACGCCUCCCACGUCAAGACCGCCAACCCCGAACACCAGCCUGACCACCCGGACUUGAAAGCCAGAUGGAAACCUCACCGCACUCAAAAUCCAUUAAAGAUAAGAUUGACUCGUGGGGAACCCUAA